CUGAUGCUUGUACUGAUCAUAGUGGUAACAAAAUGGGGCUCAUUGAACUUCGAGCACCGCACACCUCGUCUGGUCCGAUCGGUAUCACCUCCGUGCGCCAUUUCCCAAGAUUGGAGUAUGUCGAGAGCUUGGCUAUCCCACGACUUUGUCGCCUCGGCACUAUAGCCUGAUCCCGUCGCCGAUCUCGACCCUGUGAGACAUUCAAUGCAUCCACAUCACAAGCGCAAACUUCGGGACGCCAUACGAAUACCGGUGUCGCACGUAUCGCUCGCUGUCUUGCAACACAUCGUGACCACCUCACCAACUUCUCCAGACCCUAGGCCGUCCCGGCUUCCUCGCAACAGUUUCUGAUAAGCUGCGCCAGCUAUGGGCCUAUUUUCUAGCUCUUCCAAGCAAACGACGCCUCCGGCACCAGAGCCAUCAAAAGACGGAGGAUAUAUUGCGCCAGACAGGUCAGCGCGUGCACAAUGCUGGGAAGGAAGAGACGCAUUCUUUGAGUGCCUGGAAAAGAAUGGCAUAAUUGAUAGCAUUAAGGAGGACAAAAAGGCAAAGGAACACUGCUCUCCAGAACUGGCGCAAUUCGAGAGGACAUGCGCUAGCAGUUGGGUCACAUACUUUAAGAAGCGAAGAGUGAUGGAAUACCAACGAGAUCUGACGAUCAAGAAGCUCGCUGCUGAGGGCGUACAAGGGAAGCCAUGAAAAGAAAGAGCUGUUGAGGCAUAAACAAGAAACGAGCGUGCCAUCGCCACAGAUCUCCCCUCAUACUGUCGGACCGCCUUGAUCAGUCUAGGUGGGCUGAGACCGGCCGAGACGAAUGCAGCUCAGGAUAUGUCUGAGUCGUGGGGUGAGCAAAUAAGAUACAUCCAGGAGCGACUUGCCUGGCGAGAUUACCCAAUGCCGCAAAGCGACAUUUGUCGAAGCGUCAUAGAUAUAUGGGCCGUCCCCAGCUGUUCAGAUUCAGCGGAGGACUGGGGAGUUGUGCAGUGCACAGGAAGUCUACUCGGCUACCAUCUGUAUCAUAUUGUAUACAUAUGAAAGGAGCGCAUGAGCGCAUGC